GGAGCCCGGAGCUCGUCAACUGUCAACACGGAUCCUGGACACACAAAAAAAACUGCGCUGCAUUCUCACACGUUGACGAAAAUGUUGGAAACUGCGACAUUUAUCACAAUAUCCCGGAAUAAAACUUUGUGUUUGUAAGACUUUCUGACUGGGGUUACAUCAGGUUUGGAAGGAGGGAUGCCUGUGGAGAGUGGGAGCAGCGCUGCCGCCCGCCAGGCCAAGCAGAAGAGGAAGUCCCACAGCUUGUCCAUCCGCCGGACCAACAGCACCGAGCAGGAGCGCUCCGGCCUGCAGAGAGACAUGCUGGACGGACAGGACUCCAAGCUGCCUCUGUCCCUAAGGAGCAAUCUGCUGGACCUGUUCAGUCAGAUCGAGAGGGAGUUUGAAAACCUCUACAUAGAAAACCUGGAAUUACGCCGAGAAAUAGAAACGCUGAAUGACCGUUUGGCUGCAGAAGGGCAGACUUUCGAAGGGGCAGAUUUAGCCAAAGGAGCACUGAAAACAAAAGCGAGCCAUAGCACCAGCCAGCUGUCACAAAAACUAAAGACGACCUACAAGGCUUCCACAAGCAAGAUUGUGUCCAGUUUCAAAGCGACCACGUCCAGAGCGGUGUGCCAGCUGGUCAAGGAGUAUGUUGGCCACAGAGACGGCAUCUGGGACCUGAGCGUCACCAGGACACAACCUGUGGUGCUCGGUACUGCAUCUGCAGAUCAUUCUGCAAUGCUGUGGAGCAUUGAGACGGGAAAGUGUCUCCUCAAAUAUAUGGGCCAUCAAGGAUCAGUCAACUCGAUCAAGUUCCACCCCACUGAACAGAUGGCUCUAACAGCCUCUGGAGACCAGACGGCUCACAUCUGGAGAUACAUGGUGCAGCUGCCGACUCCACAGCCAGUUGCUGACAUCAGUCAAACACCCUGCGAAGACGACGUGGACUUUUCAGAUAAAGAUGAGGCAGACGUUGAGGUCGAGGGUCCAAACGACUGUCCUUCUGUCCGCAUGGCGACCACGACUCUACGCAGCCAUCAGGGUGUGGUGAUCGCCGCUGAUUGGCUGGUCGGAGGCAAACAGGUUGUGACAGCCUCCUGGGACCGGGCCGCCAACCUGUACGAGGUGGAGACCUCAGAGCUGGUCCACUCACUCACUGGUCAUGACCAGGAGCUGACCCACUGCUGCACACACCCCACCCAGCGUCUGGUGGUCACCUCGUCCAGAGACACCACCUUCAGGCUGUGGGACUUCAGAGACCCGUCCAUCCACUCUGUCAACGUCUUCCAGGGACACACUGACACGGUGACGUCUGCGGUGUUCACGGUGGGCGACAACGUGGUGUCUGGGAGCGACGAUCGGACGGUCAAAGUGUGGGACCUGAAGAACAUGAGGUCGCCCAUAGCAACCAUCCGCACUGACUCCGCUGUCAACAGGAUCAGCGUGUCAGUGAACCAGAAAAUCAUCGCUCUUCCUCACGACAAUCGGCAGGUCCGGCUGUUCGACAUGUCCGGGGUGCGACUGGCUCGACUCCCACGAAGCAACAGACAGGGUCACCGUCGGAUGGUGUGCUGCUCCGCCUGGUGUGAAGACAACACCUCCUGCAACCUUUUCACCUGCGGCUUUGACCGGCAGGCCAUCGGCUGGAACAUCAACAUCCCCGCCCUGCUGCAGGAGAAAUGACCUCCUGCUACUGUCACUUUACUGUGAAACUCCACCCAAAGUCUGUCUUUGGAGCAUCAAACACUCACAUCCUGCGGGCUUAAAAGGUGGCUUUAAAAAAAAAAAAAAGUUAAAUUGUAUCCUUUUUGUCUGUGAAAACUUGUCGCAUGAUGUAAUCGAUGUAACUUCUGCUAUCGCUCAAUGACAUAAAAUUACAGACUUUUAACAGCUGUCUUUUGAGUUUACAGGAGGUCAGUUUUUGACACUUUAAGCUCCCUGAAGUCUGACCUCCCCCAGACUGAGGAGGGCAGGAAAGACAAAAGCACUUAUGCUCGCUGACUACUGCAUCUGUUACGCUCUCUUAACUCAUCACCGCCAAUAUACACAGAUCACACGUGUGUGUGUGGUUAUAUCUUUUUUGCAUGGAAGCCAUUCCUCUCUAUCAAAAAGAUGAAAAAAACAAAACCUGUGUACCAUUGAUGAUAAAAAGCACAGACGUAACAUAGGAGAGGCUUCGUCGUCUUUGUUAAAAACUAAAAAAAAGCAGACGCUAAAGAGUUGGAUUGAGAGAUGCUGAUUUAAGCAAAUCUAAUCUGUGCCACUAACAGCAGAAUUAUGUUCGACUGACUCUUUAAAGGGAAACCCCACUAGUUUUAUAUAAUCAAUUUGGUGUUUUCAGCAGUUAAUCUGUGAUUACUUGGCCAUGUAAUUUCUUAAAUGUCCUGCUUGUUAUGAUUGCUGAACGUUGGUGCAAAAUAAUAGCACAAGAAAGAAGCACUCCCUCUUGUAAUUGACGCUAAAAUUCUUAGCUCAACAUCUAUAAUACACUUUUAAACCGGAAAUCAUAUUGUCACAGCUCGGUUCUGCUGAGCUCAGAUGUUCAGGAGCCACUGUGUGAUAAGUAAUGCACCUUUUUGAAAAUACUUAUAGCUUUUCAUUGCGGUUUUAGAAAAAAAAAACUAUUUGCAGCUUAUGUACGUAGUCAGCACAGUCAGAAACGGAAAACAGCUGAGUUUCAGCUGAUGGCUGGUAGGAUUGUUGACACUUUGGCAAAUAAUGUUCUUAUUUUGUAGUAUAAAUGUAGAUGGCUGUUAAAGGAACUGACAUUUGCUUGAUUCUCUUCUGUGGCCACCUGAGAGAAAUGUGAGUAAAAGCAUUUCUUGUGCUGGCAGUGGUGUUGUGUUAGAACUAGAACGUUUUCUCUCCAGUGUGGAUACAUACGCUUGUAUGUUGUUAGCACUGGAUCAAGAUUCUGGAUGGCUUUCAGACUGAACCUGAACAAGCUUGUUAAAAGUAGGAACUCACUUCUAUAUGACUUAUAAGAAAGGAAACAGUUAUGCCUAAAGCUAAAAAAAAAACAGAUUUAUUCCAACAGAGAGGCGGUGACUUCCAUUAAAGGAAGCUAUAUGUGGUGUUUUUAUUAGUGUCAUUUGCACAACAAUAUCCAGCCUGAAUGGACUGAAAGACACAAAUAUAAAAUCAUAAAUUACUUCUUUAAAUCUUGUGUAAUUGUAACCUAAAAGAGAAAUCAAACACAUAUGAAAUGGUUCAUCUUGCAUUCUUUUGAGGCAGAAGGAGCAAACUCCAAACUGUUAUCUGCACACAAUAUAUAAAUAAGACUCUUGCUUUAAUAAUUAAUGUUUGUAGAGCUUCCAGUAACUAGAGGCAGCACUAAAGUCAGUGAAUGAGGAAGAAAUCCUGUGCCAUUUUUUAAUUUGUGUGAAUUAUAAUUCAAUUUUAAUUUUCAGAUUUAAUUUUCUGCAAUUUUCUUUAACAAAUUUCGCAAAAACACUUGAGUUAUUAAAAUGUUGUUCUGUUUGAUAGCCAUCCAGAUUUCCUGGUCGCAAUGUUAUUGUUUCUCUCCACUGUGGAACCACAACAGUAUGGCUUUUUUCUUUUUUCUUUUUUUUCCAGUGUGGAUGCUGUUUUUUUUUGUUUUUUUUUUCUCUCCCAGUACUGCCACUGGUGUGGUCUCUCUUUUAGUUUGGACAUCUCUGUUUUAUAAACUGAAACUCUUACAUUGGUCACAUACGUCGGCUUCCUGUCCUGUGUGGAGGCUUUAGUGUGUUCUUCACUGACUGUGUUGGUCCCAGUAGACCGGUUUUUCUGCAGUUUGACAUCCCACAUUAUAUUUGAAUGUACGUUGGUCACUCUGCUCACAGUGUUGAAGUCUGGAUCUGACUGCAUUUCUGUUUGUGUAAAGCCAUGAACCAGCCACUGUGUGUCUAGUAGACAGAAAAAAAAGUCAACUCCCUGCCCUGUCGACAGUUUAGAGGCAGAUAGAUGUGUAGACAUUGUACCAUCUAGGCCUUGUGCAGGGAGGAAAGGGGAUUUCAGUGUUUCUGUUUGUGUGCAAUCAAAUCUCUAGUUUGUUAAAGCAGCACCUGUUGAAAUGGUUAUUAGGCAGGGCUGGGUACUGAGACACAAUAUAUAGUGUCCCCUAUGUUAUACUCAUUUUUGGUAUUUGGUACUAGAGUAUGGAGACCUUUUUUCCACCGUAGACACUUUUCCACAAAAUAACUAACCUUUUUAGGAACUAAAGAGCUUCACCCUUGAUUUGACUGCAAGGAACCAGCGUCUAAGUUUACUUCCUAGCCUGCAAAAACUUUACGAUGGCUCAAAUAUUAAUCAUAUUAAUAUUUAUUAUAUCAUAUUAUCACCCUUAAGGGUGGAGUGGCGACUACUAUCAAAAUCAAGGCGAGGGCUGGACAUUUCUUUUAAUGUUAACUGACGUUAAAGUUAUGUAGUUGACUUUGUGACAAAGUCUUUAAAAAAGUCACUUAAAAAAAUGCAGUGUGCGACAAAGAACUAGCAAGUGAGUAAGAAUCAAAACUUUUAUUUUCUAAUUAAUUCAAGGAGGUUAUGCACUAAAAAUAAAUAAACUCAAAACACUCAGCUGAUUGUUGCUGCUUUGCAGACAGCUCUGGUGGUUUCAGCCUUUUUUUCACGUUGUUGUGAUGUCUUUUUUAAAUGUCACAGUUGUGCAUCUGUAAAUUAUAAAGAGCAACACCAUGGCUCUCUGUUGUUUGGACAAAUUGAAGCACAAAGCAGAAAUUCACAAUAAGAGGCAUUUUAGUUCUUGAAUUUAGUUUCUAGUGCUCUUUAGUUCCUGGGACUAUUUGGUCAAAAAGGGGCUUUCAGGAGUUUGGUCAGCUGGUCACUUAAUGCAGUAUAUACAGUAAUUACAACAGUGGGUUUCAAAUAUUAAGCCAUUAGCUUAAUUAUAACGUGCAACAAGAAAAACCCUAAAAGGAAGAAAAUGAGAACUUGUAGCUGCUGCUUGUACAUUUUUAUUGACUCAAAUUGAAAAAUAAUCCUGAAAAUGUGCACUUUAAAUGACAGGGGAAUUCUUCACCCACAAUUUUAGUUCACACAGGACGUGACAAUAAGUAGUUAGACAACUUAAGAGCUUGAAUAAGGAUGAACAGUUUUGUUUUCAGAAGUAAAUGCAUCUAUUGGCUCCCAUUUUUAAUCAUCUUGAGCUCAAACCUUCAGCUAUUUUAUUUGAAAAUUCAUCCACAAAUCUUAAAACGUAUUGAACAAUAUUAAUUUGAAUAAAAACUUAACAUAAUUUUACUAAACAAGUGGACACCGAUAAGUCUACACAGAGAUAACUCUUUGUACUAACGUGACCAUUGGACUAAACUCCCAAAAAAGCCUGUCGAAUCCUU